UGAAUAAGUUCACGAGCCAGUUUUAAUUGCUUUUGUCAGGUAAAGAGAAAUGUUUGUCGUCUUCAUCAAUGUAAUGCUGGUGGUGUUCAGAAACAACCCCCCUUAUUAUUUUUAUACUACUGCUACUACUACUAUUUAAUCUCCAUUGAUACCCCCAAAUCAUGCUCAAAACCCACCUUCUUCUUCACCUCUACAUUUCCCAUCUUUUGCUUCCUCAUAUAUAACCAACCCCACAGCAUUAUUUUCAACACCAUUAAAGCUAAAGCUGCUCAACUUCAAUUCAAUGGCGGUCAACUCUACUGAAGAAGAGGGAUGUGAUGAUUAUAGCGUUGUAGUAUUGUCUGAUGAAUGUGACAGCGGUCUCCAUUAUGAACUGCCAAUAGAUUUCUCAAGUCCUGCAGCGACAGAGGUGGUUAUUCCUCUUAAAAGCCAGCUUUCGUUGGAUGGCCGUUUGAGCAAUCAAAGCUACAUCAACAUGAUGGUGGAAAAUGCAGUUGCAUAUUCUGUAGAUGUUGAAACCAAUAAUGAGGAAACUCUUGGUAAUUUGAAGAACGAACAACAACUAUUGACGAAAUCACUGCAGAAACAGAUCAGCUUCGACAUGGGAGGUAAGUACAUGCAGAUGUUGAUGAACCACAGCCUCAUGUUGUCCAAGUUUUCCACUCGAGAUAAAAUUGUUGGCGAGAAAGUUGUUGAUGCUCCCAGAUCGAGGAAGCAUAAGCGUGUUGGCUCGGGGUUUAAUUCAAGAAAAAUUGUUCUCCUCUUCUCAGUCUUGUCGAGUUUGGGGACGAUUAUACUUAUAUAUCUGACACUGAGAGUAAGACAGAUGGGUAUUUAUUCGGGCUGAACUCGCCGUCACUUUGCAAUUUCACUUUUUUGUUCCUGGAAACAGUUUCGUUAAAUUCAAAAAAAAAAAAAAAAAGUUGAUGCGCACGAUGACUUGUUAUAAAUCCGAUAACGCAUAAUUCUGUCUUGAUAUGUACAUAAGUUGAGAAAAACACUGUUGAAAUGUUAAGUCAUUUUUUUUGGAUA